CCAAACUCAUCUUAUCUUUUUAAUUACAGCUUUCAACAAAACACAAACCAAACCUCUCUAAAGAUGGCUCGUUCCCUCUCGCUCUCUCUCUCUAAAUCCCGCCUCAUCGCAGUAGCUGCAUCCUCUCUCCUCCCUUCCUCACACCUCCUCUCCUUCCGAUCUCAAUCCUCUCAUCUUCAUGGCGAUCUACACGAAACCGAAACCUCCUCGCCGUCGUCUGAUCCGUUAAUACAGAAGCUAGAAGACGCUGUUCACCGGAUAUUCGUACGCCGAGCGGCACCUGAUUGGCUCCCGUUUGUUCCCGGCGCUUCGUAUUACGUCCCUCCUCCAGGAUCUGGGUCUCAGACUCAUGGGAUCGCUCAGCUCGUUGCGAAGUUAGCUAAUCCGUUAACUGAUGAAGAAACUCUCUCUACCAAUUCUUCUCAUGGAUGGCCUUCCUCUGAUUAUUUUCUUAAAGGUGUACAACCUCGAUUGAAGGAGACUAAGAUCGAGACGACUUCAAGUACUGAGUCUUAUUACUCUGAGGAUGAGGAAGUGUGAAAACGACACCGUUCAAAGAAUCAUAAGGUCUUAUGAUUUUGUUGGGUUUGGUUCCUUCAGAUUGAAGUUAGCUGGCACUUUUGGAUCUCUGUAGAUUUGUCAAGAACACGAGCCGGGACUGUUCUGACGACGUCCGAACCAAUUGCAUAGACGAGACAAAAUGUUUAUUUACUAAUCCCAAAAUUGUAAAAUAAUUCGAAUAAGAGUAGUAGUAGUAGUUGUUCGCUUGUAGCUUUUCUUUCUGUUUAGUAAUGUAAUCAUUGCCUUGUUAUAAAGCGCUUUGUAUAUAUUUCUGUUUACACGAAGGUACUAGGAUCAGCCAGGGUUGGUACUUUCUUGGUACUUCCAAGUUGGUCUACCUUGGUAUUAAAAUAUCUAAUAAAAUCUUCUUGUAAGUGACAAGAAGAUGUGAAAUUAGGUAUUUCAUUUCUAUAAUACAUAAAAGAAUUACAGACAGCUCAGCUCCCACUAAAAAUACCUAUACAGUUUCCCUCAAAACUCAUCCAGUAGAAAUAGAUAACUCAUUGUAUGAAUUAGAAACAUCAACGUCCUCCUUCCAUUUCUCAAAAACUGAUCUAAACUCAUAACAAUCUUUUGGAUAACGAGAUAAGAAACACAACACUUUAAACUUAGUAUUAGGAUCCAACUCAACGCCCUCCUCAAUGCAUUCCCAAACAACUUUUUUCAACCUAUCUUUGUCCUUCUCCUCACACAAACCAGAGAUA